ANUAUUUAUGUAAAAAUAAGGUGCACCAUUAUUAAAUGAUGAGAUAGAUUCAUUUUUUGAUGCAGUUGAUUUAGAUUAAGAUGGAAGAAUAUCUUAUAGUGAAUUAGUUGAAGCAGUUCAUUUAAUGGAACCAUUACCAUAUAGAUCAAGUGUAGUAAGAGAUAGUGAAUAUAUAAGAGCAGUUGAAAAUAAUAGAUCAUUAGAAAGAUUAAAUUUAUCUAAUUACCCAUAUUAUUUUUAUCCUUAUUAUCCAUAUUACUAUCCUUAUUAUUAUCCAUCUUUAAGAUUAGAAAGUGUAAGAUAAAGAGAGAAUUCACUUGAAAGAUUAAGAAGAUCAAGAUUAGAAUAAAUUGAAAAUGAAAACAGAAUUAUUUAAUUGGAGAAUGAAAAAAGAAGAAAUGCUGAAAGAUAAAGAAGUGCUGAGAGACUUAAAUAAAUUUAAGAAGAAAGUUUUAUAAGAUAAUCAUAAAUUGAAGAAUAAAAUAGAAUCAGAGAACUUGAUAGAAUUAGAGAUGAAGAUUUAAGAAGAAGCAGAGAAAGAAUAAGAUUAAUUGAAAAUGAAGCAAGACUUAAAUAAAUUGAAGUUGAAAGUAGAGCAAGAGAUAUAGAAAGAGAAAAUAGAUUAUUAGCUUUAGAAAGAGAAUAAAGAAUAAGAUAAGCAGAAUUAGAAAGGGAAUUAAUAGAAAGUAAAGUUAAAUAUUAGAAUUUGGAGAGAUAAAGUAGUUUAGAAAGAUUGAGAUAACUUGAAGAUAUUAGAAGAGCAGAAUUAGAUAAAAUUAGAACAAGUGCAGCAUUAGCAUAUUCUCCAUAUUAUUCUACAUAUACUUCAAAUGUACCAUAUUAUGAGAAAGUCUUAUAAAAAUAUCCUUAUUCAUUGAUAGAUUCAAUUAAUGCCUUUAAGUAAUAUUUUUUAUUCUAUACAUAGUACAAUAAGAAGAUAUUCCCCAAGUAAUACCAAAUCUUUAGUAUAAUCAACUAUUUACGAAAGUCCAAGUAAAAUCAAAAAGCAAGAAUUUAAAUAAAAAUGAUUCACAC